AUGUCUUCUGAGUGUUCCUUACUUUGUUCUCUACAAUUAUGGACAUUAAAGUAUGCUGGUCUUCAUGAACGUGAUAUAAGUGUUCAUAGUUAUCAACAAAAGCCACCACCAACAAAAACUUCCAUACUUCCAUUUAUGAAUCAUACAUCAAGUUCAUCAUCAACAAAUGAUAAAACACCAAAAAAAGCGGCAUAUUAUGAUGAAUAUAAUGAUUAUUUUACUUCACGUUCAUUACCAUUUCAUAUAUCAAAUAAAAUCUUUCAUAAUUUACGUGAUAAAUUAAUUGAAUUAGAUAAUUUAUUAUCAACACUGAAAAUUAUUCGAACAAUAUGGUUACGUUUUGAUGUUGUUUUUCUUGCGUUUUCAAAUGGGACAUUUGUUUUUAUUUUUAUUGAUAAAAUAGGUCGAAUGUUAAAAGAUAUAUCAAUUGAUAAAACAACACUUACAAAAAAAUUUCAUAUAACAACAACAAUAUCGGAUGUCUAUCUUAAUUCAUUUGGAUUUUAUAUUAUAUAUGAUACAUUAUCAAAAAUUGAUAUAUUUCGUUUUAAUACACCUAUACGUUCAUUUGAUUCGAAAUUUAAUUUAGCUAAUGAAUCAAUUCGAACAAUAAGUGAAGAAUUACCACCUUAUUCAAAUACAAUACCUGUUCGACGAUGGUUUAAUAUAAAUCAUGAAUCUCAUACAGUUACAGUAUGGUGGUCAAUGUUAGCUGAAGGUAUAUCAACAAAUGGACAUUCAAUUGAUGGUGAUAAGAAAAAAUCAAGAUUUAAUUGUUUAUCAAUUAUUUUUUUGGCGUCAAACGAAAAUGAAAAAGAUAAAGAUAAAGACAAAGAAAAAAUGUAUUCAAUACAAACAGAAACAUCAAAUCCUUAUUAUUGUUCGUCGACACCAUCUGGAUUAACAACAGUAGAAAUGAAUGAACAUCAAGAUAAGAAUGGUUUAGAACGUACGUAUGAAUUAAGUAUUUAUUAUUAUGAAAAUUUUCGUUCUGUACCUCUUCGACUUGUUCAUAUUCCAUCAUUAUCAUCUUCUAUAUUAUAUGUUAUUCGUUCAUCAAGUUAUACAAUACUUUGUUUACUUGAUAAUACAUUAAUUUCAAUUGAUGAAAUCAAUCAUGUACAACGUUCAAAAUUAUGUGUAUUAACAAGAAAUUUAACUGGUUUAUGGUGGAUUAUUGAUAAUUUAGUAUUUGCUAUAGCUGAUGAACAAGGUUCAUUAAUAUUCUAUGAUAUUGCACUUAAUCCAAUUUGGCCUGUUUUAUCAUCAUUUAAAAAAUUGAAUUUUAAUCAUCUAUUGAAUCUCAAUCAAUAUCUUGUAUCAAUUGAUCAAUUAGUAGUAAAAAAUGCCACUUCAACAUCAUCAAAUCUAACUUUACUAUUACAAUUUUCUCAAGGUGGUCCAAUUGGACUGUUGGAUAUUCAUUUUCCAUUUCAAAAUAUUCAUUCAUUAUUUAAAUUCUAUUUAAAUACACAAAAUUAUUCGUAUAUUAUCGAUCUAUUAUGGUGUCUUGAUUGGACAAGACAAGAUAAUGAUUGUCGUUUAGCAAUAUCCUAUAUAUCUCAAGAUUUAUUUCGUCGUAUGAAUACAAAUGAAUUAUUUUAUUUAGAACAAAUUUUACGUACAUUUUAUUCUCCACUUCGUCCAAUAUCGGAUGCAAGUAUAUUACGUAAUCGUUCAUUUAUUAAUCAAAUAGCAACGAAAUUUUUUUAUUAUUUAUUAAAAGGAAAAUUUUAUUCUCAAGCUAUUCAAUUAGCUAAACAUUUAGAUAAUCGUACAAUUUAUCUUGAUCUUUAUUAUGCAUGUGAUUAUGAUAAUGAAAAAAGUAUUAUGAAUAUAUGUGCACAAAAAUUACAAUUAAAUAAUAAUAAUAAUAAUAGUGAUACAGAAAAUGAUGAUAAUGAAAGUGGUUUAUCAGUAACAUCGAGCGAUGAUGAAAGUGAAAAUAAUAAAAUCAUUAAACAAAAAUAUACAAUGAUGGAUGAAAAACAAUAUGGAGAUAUAAAAGAAAUAUUAAAUUCAGCAAUUGAACAUUAUAAACUUGAAGAAAAUUUGUAUAAAUUUUUAAUAGAUAGAAUUCAUACUUUGUAA